AUGAGAGAUUACGAAGAAAUUGUAUCUUUCCUGGGGGAAUGGGGGCCGUUCCAAAAGACUAUUUUCUUUUUGUUGAGCGCUAGCAGUAUUCCCAAUGGAUACGUGGGGAUGGCUGUGGUUUUCAUCGCCGACGUUCCAUCACACCAUUGUAGGCUCCCCCUUAACUUAAGCAGUGCUGUCUUCGAAUUAAAUCAGUCUAUACCAACUGAGGAGGUGAAAGGAGAAAUCAUCCUCAGCAGGUGUACUCGUUACAAAAACUUGGACGGUUUAGUCCCAGGUUUUGGAAAUGAGACGGAAGCAUGCCUGGACGGCUGGGAGUUCAGCACUGAAAGAUACACGUCCACUAUUGUGUCGGAGUGGAACCUGGUAUGUGAAGAUGCUUGGAAAGCGCCUUUCAGCGUAACAGUAUUUUUCUUCGGUGUGCUGAUAGGAUCUUUUCUAUCUGGACAAAUAUCGGACAGAUAUGGAAGGAAACUCAUUUUCUUUGCCACCCUGGCAUUACAGACCAUUGCUAGUUUAUUGCAAGCUGCCUCAAACAGCUGGGAGUUGUUCUGUGUGUUCUACUUCAUUGUCGGAAUGGGACAGAUUGCUAAUUAUUGUGUUGCCUUCAUUCUUGGGUCUGAGCUCCUCAGCAAGUCUGUUCGUAUUCCAUUUUCCACUCUUGGGAUCAGCAUGUGCUACGCUGUGGGAUAUGCCUGUCUCCCUUUCUUUGCCUACUUUAUACGGGGCUGGAGAAUGUUACUGCUGGCCUUAUCCAUCCCAGGAUUCCUAUAUAUCCCUCUAUGGUGGUACAUCCCAGAGUCUCCUCGCUGGCUGCUGUCUCAGGGGCGUCUGGAGGAGGCUGAGGCCAUAAUUCGGGCUGCUGCCUGCAAGAAUCGGGUCACAGCUCCUGAUGUCAUAUUCAGACAGGAUGACUGCACUAAGCUAAUGGAAACAAAUGACAGUAAGAAGAGUGAACAUCUUUACACAUGGCUUGAUCUCUUUAAAACGACAAACAUAAGGAACAUCACCAUCAUCCAGAUAAUAGUUUGGGUAGUCAUAUCUAUGACAUACUAUGGGCUUUCCCUUAACACUCCCAACAUGAAUGGGGAUCCCUACCUCAACUGCUUCAUCUCUGCAGCUACUGAGUUUGUGGGCUACGGCGCCACCUGGCUGUUCCUGUGCUACAUGUCACGCCGUUUCUCUCUCACCUUCAUGUUGCUGCUCUGUGGAGUCACGUUACUGCUGCUCAAGUUCAUUCCUGAUGAGCUGAACAUCUUGGUCCUUACUCUGGUGAUGACUGGAAAAACUGGCAUUACUGCUGCAUUCUGUUUUGUUUAUAUGUAUGGCACAGAACUCUUUCCUACAGUAGUGCGCAACAUGGGCCUAGGGGCCACAUCCAUGGCCUCCCGCAUUGGUAGUGGUACCUCUCCCUACAUCGCCCACAUCGGAAAAUACAAUAAAAUUAUACCCUAUAUUCUUAUGGGGAGUAUUACUAUUGUUACUGGUAUUUUAAGUCUACUGCUUCCGGAAACAAAAGACGAAGAACUUCCAGAACAUAUCAGUCAAGUGAAACCUCUCAGAUGUACUAAUUAUUUAGUUUUUUUGAACCAUUCCAAAUCCAUGGUGAUGAGGGACUAUGAUGAGAUCACCUCUUUCCUUGGGGAGUGGGGACCAUUUCAGCAGAGCAUAUUCAUCCUGCUCAGUCUCAGCACUGUUCCCAAUGGCUAUGCUGGGAUGUCCAUGGUGUUCCUGGCUGGCACACCACACCAACACUGCAGUCUGCCUUACCUGAACGGGAGCAUGACCAAUCUGAGUGAAGCUCUGUCCAUGGAGGAGGUAAAGGGUCACCUGGACCAGAGCAGGUGCACUCGUUACAAGUGGCUCAACAGCACCGGGAAACCAUUUGGAAAUGAGACUGAGAGUUGCAUGGAUGGCUGGGAUUACAGCACAGAGCAGUAUGUCUCCACUAUAGUGACUGAGGUAAGAAUGUUGCUUCUGAGCUGGAUCAACUGGAUGCUAUCAGCUGCAUAA